AUGAAGUUAUGUGUUUUUGGUGAGUCUGUGUCAGUGAUGGAGGGAGAUUCGGUCACUCUAAACACUGAUGUUAGUGUAAUAGAUAAAGACGAUGAUGUAACAUGGAAAUUUGGAGCCGAAAACUCUCUCAUAGCUAAAAUAAGCAUUAAAAACGUAUUAUUCUCCACAAAUAAUGUUCUUGAUGGGAGAUUCAGAGAUAGACUGAAGGUGAACAGACAGACUGCAUCUCUGACCAUCACAAACAUUAGAUCUGAACAUGCUGGAGAAUAUCAGCUUGAGAUAAAUGGUGUUAAAUUGACGUCAAAAAUAUUCAGUGUUUCUGUCUAUGCUCGUUUGCCUGUUCCUCACCUCAACUCUUCUCAGUGUUCUUCCUCCUCCUCCUCUUCAUCAGUGCAGUAUUGUUCAGUGUUGUGUUCAGUGGUGAAUGCGAGUGCUGUGAGUCUCUCCUGGUACAAAGAAAACUGUUUAUUGUCCAGCAUCAGUGUGUCUGAUCUCAGCAUCAGUCUCUCUCUACCUCUGGAGGUGGAAUAUCAGGAUAACAACACCUACAGCUGUGUGAUUAACAACACCAUCAGCAACCAGACCACACAUCUGGACAUCAACACACUCUGUCAGACAUGUGAAGAUGGUCUACCUGUAUUUUAUGUUGCAUUCCUCUGCACCGGCGCAUCUCUGCUGAUUGUAGUCAUCAUCGUGAUGUGCUGCAAGAAAUGGAGAAAAACAGGUCAAGAGAGGAAUCGUUCAGCGAAGUGGGAACCUAAAGCCAAUAGAUCACUGAUGAAGGUGUUGCAGGACGUGUUGCAGACGGUUUGUGUGAUUGACGUUUGA